GGAAUUACAAUUCUCUCCAUACGUUAUUCAUGCGGACUCUAUUUGUAGCACCACUAGUAACAACAAGCUUUCGACUUGGCGCCUUUUGUAAGAAUAUAUUCACUAAUGUUCGCAUUCGUCGAACGAAACAAAUACUAUAUAUGCGACCAUUUGUUUCCUCGGCUUCUUGGAAAGAGUUUCUAGUUGACAAGCCCGAGGAAGAUAGCGAUGCUUCAGAACAGAUCGACCAAGUGAGUAGCUUUCGUGUUUCGCCAGAUGAAGUUGGACAAAGGAUAGAUAAGCUUCUAGCCUUACGGUUUCCUGAACAGUCAAGAACUUAUUUUGAGAAGCUCAUUGAAAAGAGGUUAGUAAGGCUAAAUGGGUCGAACGCCGUCACAAAGAGCUUUCGAACAAGACUUGGAGACGAGAUUGAGGUGACGUUUCUAGUCUCUCCAGAGUUUCGCUUUGAAGCGCAGAAUAUACCUUUGAAUAUAUUGUACGAAGAUAACCAUAUUGUAGUGAUCAAUAAGGCGUCAGAUAUGGUAGUGCAUCCAGCUCCUGGAAAUUGGAAUAACACCUUAGUGAAUGCCCUUGCUUAUCACCUGGGAGUACACUCACUAGAUGAUUGUCAUGAAAAUAUUCGACCUUGGAUAGUACAUAGAUUGGACAAAGGAACCUCAGGGGUUCUCGUGACCGCAAAGACUGAUAUAGCACAGAGAAACCUUAUGCAAGCAUUCAAAUCUAGGAACACCAAAAAGUCUUAUAUUGCAGUUUGCUAUGGAAACCCAAUGACCAGACUACACGUAUUAUCCGGGAAUAAUAUUAUGGACAUGCCUAUUGGCCGCAGCCAUUCCAAUCGUUUGAGGAUGGAAGUUGUUCCACUAGAAAAAGGAGGGAAAGAAGCAAUAACAGUUAUUGAAGGAGACGCAUCAAAUUCGAGUGCAUCUACGCCAUUGUGCUUCUUAUAUAGUGGGCGAUGAGCUUUAUGGAUUGUCACAUAUUAAUGAAAAGUAUGAAUAUUUU